AUGAUAUCACUCUCUCUUUUAUAUCGACUAGCCCCUGCAAAAACGUUAAGAUACUACAGCUAUACAGGCAAACGCGCUAAGCUAGCAUCCCUUAUACUCCUAGACGGGACUAUAUUAAGUGGCUUAGCAUUUACUUUAAUACUCUAUUAUAAUUUAAGGAGCAUAUCACCAUCUGCACUGCUAAGGCUAAGUCCGCAUUUAGAUAAAUAUCUAGGCUGGCUAAUAAAUUUAGCACUACGUAAAAUCCUAGGCACUUUUCAGACUAGUCCAAUUCAGGCUAUAGAAGUUAAAGCUAGCCUCCUACCGCCUGUAAUACGACUAGAUAUAGCUACCUACAAAUACGCUUUUCAGCUAGCUAAGCUAAGUCUAGACCACCUAGUAAAUCGCCAAAUUGCUAAAUCCAGCUAUUUAGGAUAUAGACUUUAG